AUGGCUGGAGCUAAUAAUGCUGAACAACAGAGAAUGAUUGACAGAAUUAAAUGCAUCACUUUUUGUGAAGCUCGUGAUGUCGCUACUAUUAAUUGUGACCAUGCGAACCAAAACAACUGUCGAGAAACAACUGAAUGGUCAACAAACGGAAUUCCUAUUGUUGGUUCCGACAAAAAAUUCGGAUACGAUGCAUUUCAUUUGGGCUCACCUUUCGGCUUAUUCGUUGAUGAUGAACGCGGCAAUAUUUAUGUGGCUGAUACUCAUAAUCAUCGAGUUCAGAAGUUCAAUCUUAAAGCCAUUGGUAGUGGUGGAAUCACUGUCGCCGGUGGAAAUGGAGCUGGCAAUGGUUCGAAUCAAUUAAAUAUGCCUUGGGUCGUUUAUGUCGAUAAAAAUGAAAAUGUAUACGUAGGAGAUACCGAUAAUUCUCGUAUUCAAAUGUGGGCAAAAGGUGCGACUAGUGGCGUAACAGUGGCUGGAGGACGUGGAAAAGGCAAAAAUCUUAAUCAAAUUGGUGCUUGUCAAGGUAUUUUUGUUCAUGAAGAAACGAACACAUUGUUCAUAUCGGAUUUUUACAAUGAUCGUAUUGUCAAAUGGAUUCCUGAGAAAGAUGAAGGUGUCAUCGUAGCAGGCACUGAAGUUGGUGGGUCGAGCGCAAAUCAGCUGAGUGGACCACGUGGAAUCUUUAUUGACCAAUGUGAGACAAUCUACAUCGCAGAUUUAUGGAAUAGCCGAAUACAAAAGUGGGAGAAAGGCGCCACCGAAGGUAUUACUGUGGCAGGCGGUAAUGGAAAAGGUUCAGCUACUAAUCAACUAUAUGAUCCUUGGGAUGUCGAAGUCGAUCAGUAUGGCAACGUUUAUGUAGCCGAUACAAGCAACAAUCGAAUUAUGAAAUGGGCUCCAGGUGCAACAAGUGUGAUAAAUAGUACCACUACAAGUACGAUUCCAAUUACAACUGCAAGUGCAGCUAUAAUUUUAACUACAAGUGCAGCUAUAAUUUCAACGACAAGUGCAACCACUAUCCAACAACUAGUGAUUCCCAAUAUUCCAGUUAAUGCUCGAUGGGCACAACAAGGUGUUACUGUUGCUGGGGGCCAUCAGUCUGGCAAUGCCACCAAUCAAUUCUUCUAUCCCAAGGGUCUCUUCAUUGAUGAUGAUGAUCAAACGAUGAUUAUCGCUGACACAUUGAAUCAUCGUAUCAUCCAAUGGAAGACGGGUGAUGUAAAUGGACAAGUGGCAGCUGGUGGUCAUGGCAGAGGAAAUCGAUUGGAUCAAUUGAGUUGGCCUAUUGCUGUGGUGAUCGACAAAGAUACGGAUAGUAUCAUUAUUUGCGAUGACAACAAUCAACGAGUCGUACGAUGGUCUCGCCGUAAUUACACAAGUCAAGGAGAAAUCCUCCUCGACAACAUCAAUUGUUUCGGAUUGGCCAUGGAUAAUCAAAAAUAUGUUUACAUUUCUGACACUAGAAACCAUGAAGUAAGACGAUAUAGAAUAGGAGACAAGAAUGGAACUCUUGUGGCCGGUGGCCAUGGCGAAGGUAACGGUCUCAAUCAAUUCAAUGGUCCGACGUACAUCUUUAUUGACCAACAACAUACUGUCUACGUGACGGACAGAAACAAUCAUCGUGUAAUGAAGUGGGAUAAAUAUGCAACAGAAGGAAUUGUCGUCGCCGGGGGUCAAGGCAAAGUAAAUGCCUUGACACAAUUGUCAUUUCCUUACCAACUGUUUGUUGAUACGUUGGGUACUCUCUAUGUGGCAGACUCGGCGAAUCAUCGAGUGAUGCGUUGGUUCAAAGAUGCGAAACAGGGUACUGUUAUUGCGGGUGGAAAUGGUCCAGGAGAAAGAGUCCAUCAGUUGCACUACCCCUAUGGUUUGUUCUUUGAUCGACAUGGUAAUCUAUAUGUCACUGAUAGUGAAAAUCAUCGAAUUCAACGUUUUUCUAUUGCAUAG